UAAGCCCUCGGAAUCAGUUGAUUGAAACUCAGCCCUCAAAGCCGUUAAAAUGGGUUUCUCUUCUGGCUCAGCUCAGCAUUUUGUGGUGGUGCUGGGAAUCAUUUUACUGACCACCAAUCCUUUGGUUCAAGCAAGAGAGCUAAGACUUCGCAAGUUUGAGAAGAGGAACGAGGAUACCGAGUAUCUGGAAUGCCUAGUAGGUGUCGCCAGGUCCGAGAUAAACUUAUUGGAAGUUUAUGGAGAACUCAAACUUCAUCAUCAUAUCGACAACGAUUGGACGAUUGAAUUUAUUAUUUUACGAGCCGACGAAAGCGAUGGCGAAUACGACAGUUUACUUCAGAUUGAAUUGCCAGUGUGUGACUUUAUGGAGAGCUACUAUAAAAUAUUCUACGAACAAAUCAAGGAUUACUCGAAUGCUCCGGAACCAGGCACAUGCCCCUUACCGAAGGGGAAGUAUCGCUUAAGGGACUAUCCGUUAAACGUUCAUCUGCUAAAGAAAUUUAUUGCUCCUGGUCACUAUCGUCUUAAGUAUAAACUAAAAAAAGAUGACUCCCCAAAAUUAUAUUAUAGGAUGGAAAUAAAGUUAGACUAAAGAA